ACAUUAUAUAUUUUUUUUAUUUGUGAUGAUUUUCAAGGUAAGGAGAGGCGAACAGUGGAAUGUACAAGAAUCGAUGAUGGAUCUUACGUUGGACAUAAGCUGUGUUUACAGAAGUCAAGAAAACCAGCAGUAGAAAGGUCGUGCAACACCCAUCCAUGCCAGCCUGUUUGGUACAUAUCAGAAUGGAGUUCUUGCUCCAGAACUUGCGGCAAAGGAGUGCAAAAGCGUCAAAUUCGCUGUCGCCGAAAGAUUUCGCAAACCAAGUUUGAGAUCCUGCCGGACUCUUCUUGUAGUGGUGACAAGCCUUCGGGAGGUACGAAAAGAAGCUGUAAUGAGAUCAUUUGUCACGUGGAAUGGAAGGCAACCGCCUGGUCACAGUGCUCAUCAACGUGUGGCGGAGGAUUUAAGAGCCGCAAUCUCGUUUGUAAGCGACUAAAUGACAAAGGAAAGUUGGUGAUAGCUCCUGAGAUUCUCUGUUAUUAUGCUACUAAGCCACCGACCGCAAUGAAGUGCAAUAUGGAGCUUUGUCCAACUCCCGCGCCAUUGUUUAAGUAUAGAGGUCUUGGCUGCUUUAAUGACGGUGAACCACACGCUAUCCAGAAUUUUGUGAAAAGUUUUCGUUCAAAUAUUGAUUGGACCAAAAUCAGCGAGAUCAUUGAAAAAUGUGCACAAUUCAUCCACGACAACUAUCCUGAGAACAAAGUGUUUGGUAUCCAGUUCUACGGAGAAUGCUGGACUGGAAACAAAGCAAAGGAUACAUAUAAUUUGCAUGGACCAUCAACAGAUUGCUGGAACAACGUCGGGAAAGUUAACACUUUCUACGUCUAUGAAUUUUAUUGAGGCGUGAUGGCUUAGGAAUUGCAACGUACUCAUCAUUGACACUGAUGAAGCAAACAAGGAAUGUUAUCUCAGUUGAGAAAGAAUAUAAUCGUUUCAAAAUAAAGAAAUGAACUUUAAAGAUGAUGAAACGUGGUAUUUAUUUUCUUUUUUUUUAUGGUUUUAACGAUGCUUAUAGGGCAUUGUUUUUUAACUGCGCGGCCAUGGGUCAAGUGCAGUUCUUGCUUCGCUCGUGGGUUAUUUUUAUUUAAUU